GUGCCCCGCCAUGAGCCGGACGGCGGAGCCCGCUCCAGCAUCGGACCGGAUUUCAAAGCAAAGGGAGUCUAACUGGUAAUGUAGUAAUUCUCGAUGCUGAUGGAAGCCGGCGGUUUGCCUGAGCUAUUAUCAUUCGUUAUUCCUCAUUCCAAGACCCAGAGACACUGCUUAAGUCAUCAUUUUGAUGAUUUGAUCCUUCCUUCAAGAAGCUCAAAUUCCCAUCUAAUUCCGUCCAUUUGAUGCAUUUCGGACGCAUUAACACACGCUACAUCAUUGGAAUCUCCGGCUUAGCUCUCAUCGCAUCUACUGGAGGUGCUUACUCCUGGCACAGGCAGAAGGAAAGGCAACAGCGAUUCCAGCCGUCAUCGGCCGGAAAGAAAAGUCUGGCUAGCAUGGCCGUCACAACCCCUUUCCAAACACUCUUCGCGGUGCCCAUGACCUGUGACGGGUGCGCCAAGGAUAUCACGGGCGCCCUGCACAAGCUUCAGGGGAUCACCAAGGUCGAGGCAAAUGUCAAGGAGCAGCUGGUGUCGGUAGAAGGGACGGCGGCGCCGUCUGCCAUCGUCGAAGCCAUCCAGGCCACCGGGAGAGAUGCCAUCUUACGAGGGUCGGGCGCCUCAAACAGCGCUGCAGUUAGCAUUCUGGAGACGUACCACAACAGAUCAAACGAAGAGGCCAAGACGCUCGUUGCCAGCCCCCCCGGGUCCAAUAGCUGGGUGAACGAGAGGCUCGUCAGGGGGCUGGCGAGGAUGGUGCAGGUCAGCCCCGAAGAGACAGUCGUCGACCUCACGGUCCGCGGGGUGCCCCCGGGCACAUAUCGUGUCACCAUCCGCGAGUAUGGGAAUCUGAAGGAUGGGGCCUCAUCAGCAGGGCCCGUCUGGUCAGCCCAGAAGGAUCCGGGACACGGUUCAAGCACCCCUCGCGGGUUCCUGGGAACCGUGGAGGUUGGGCCGAGAGGGCGUGCUAGUGCCUUUCUCAACCGGCCCUUCAUGGUGUGGGAAGUCAUUGGCCAUGCGCUGGUUGUUUCUCGCCAGGACGAGAGUGAUGGUAAGCCGCUAAGGAACGACGAAGACACGGUUGUGGGUAUCAUCGCUCGAAGUGCGGGAGUGUGGGACAAUGACAAGACGGUGUGCUCCUGCACGGGAAAGACGCUAUGGGAAGAGAGGAAGGAUGAAGUCUCCAAAGGAAUGCUAUGAUGACGUUUCGAAUGAUAAACAUCCUACAAAGGGAUAAAUCCGAGUCCCGAGCAGCUAAGAUCGUUCGGGCUGGAUUGGAGGGCAGUGGUCUAAGCGAUCGUUGUGUGGCCAGGUUCGCGGUUCGGACGACGAACACCAUCUGCUCAGAUGUCAUCCAAGGUCAGUCUUUAGCAUGCCAUGUUGGGCAGAAGGGAGGGGGCGGGCACCGAGACCCAGGAGGGCCUUCGUAACGAGAAGUUUGGGACGAUUGUUCUCUUGGGUGUUUCAGGGCGGACGCAGGCAACUAAGAAACAAGUAAUAAGCGUUGAUGGGUUAGUAGAUAAACUGUAGUGUACUCACUGUAUGUACUGUACACACAGGCUUGUGCGGUAUUCCUCUUGGCCGAUAUCAUUCAGGAGAACUACUGUGUAAACACACCCUGGUGGUUGCUGGGAAUGUCCCCCACUUCACGCCGCCGGAAGCGCGGCAGAAGUGUAUCGAACGGAGACUAGGGACA